AUGGUCGACACACUCUCUCUCGAAGGCAAGGUGGCCAUCAUCACCGGCUCAGGCCGCGAGACCGGAAUUGGUGCAGCCACUGCUAUAGCUCUUGCUCGGAAUGGAGCCUCAGUCACGAUCAACUAUGUGUCUGAGGCCACGGCUCCGAGGGCCGCCAAUGUCAUCAAGAGCAUUGAAGAGGCCGGCGGUAAGGCCAUCGCCGUCCGCGCGGACGUGACCAAGCCCGAGGAAGCCAAGAAGCUCGUUGAGGCGACGUUGAAGGGCUUCAACACGGACAAGAUUGACAUCCUGAUCAAUAACGCUGGAGCGGUUUACGGUGGGCCGAACUUGAUGAAAGUUACCCCGGAAGAGAUCGAUGCCACCUUCGCGACGUCUGUCCGUGGGCCCAUCCUUCUGAUGCAGGCCACGGUGCCACACAUGCCCCGAUUCGGCCGCAUCAUCAACAUCUCUUCCGUGGCGUCCAAGCCAAUUACCCUCGACGGCGUGGCGCUCUACGGUGGAGGCAAGGCUGCCAUGGAUCAAAUCACUUUUGCUGUGGCAGCUGAGCUUGGCAAGAAUGGGAAGAACAUCACAGUGAAUACUGUAGCCCCGGGAAUCACCACCACGGAUAUACUGCCCCCCGAAGCUAUGGACGCCUUCGACAAGGCGUUGACGCCAAUGGCGAAGGUUGAGGAUCGUCCUGGUCAUCCGAGCGAUAUUGCAGAUACGAUUUUGCUGCUGGUCCAGGAGAAGAGCCGAUGGAUUACGGGCCAGUACAUCUCGUGCAGCGGUGGAAUUACUGGCAACUGA